AUGGCCACCAAACCACAGAACAUUGUGUUCUUCCAUCCGGAUCUGGGCAUAGGAGGGGCUGAGCGGCUUGUGGUGGACGCUGCAGUGGGCCUACAGAAGAGGGGGCAUACUGUCACCAUCUACACAUCGCACUGUGAUCACGACCAUUGCUUCGACGAAGCCCGCGAUGGUACCCUCAAGGUCUUAGUGCGCGGAAAUUCGAUCGUACCUACCACCGUCUUCGGUCGCUUCGCUAUCCUAUGUGCUAUACUGCGCCAGUUGCAUCUGAUAGUCCAAAUUGCAUGGUUCAGCUCCGAGCUUCAAGAACUCAACCCUUCCGCGUUUUUCAUCGAUCAGCUUAGUGCUGGAAUACCUCUCCUCCGAAUACUUUUCCCAUCUGUGCGAGUACUAUUUUAUUGCCACUUCCCAGACAAACUUCUCGCAAAAGAAGGAGGCACCUUGAAAUCUUUAUAUCGUGCACCCUUUGAUUGGGUAGAGAGCUGGAGUACAGGCUGCAGUGACAAGAUUGUGGUCAAUAGCAAGUUCACGAAAGGCAUUUUCCGAUCGGCGUUCCCUAGCUUAAAGCACCGCGAACCUGGUGUAGUCUAUCCAUGCGUGGACAUAAAUACUGGGGAUGCGACUGACAAGGUACUGCCCGUGUGGAAGAAUAAGAAGGUUGUUCUAAGCAUCAACCGGUUUGAAAAGAAGAAGGACGUUGCUCUAGCGAUUAAGGCAUAUGCUGGUUUAACUCAUGCAGAGCGGAAUGACACGAGACUUGCCAUUGCGGGCGGCUACGAUCCUCGGGUAGCAGAGAAUGUGAAUACAUAUAAGGAGCUAUGCGACCUGGCGGACGCGCUGAAACUCAAGCAUGCGACUGCAAGGACUAUUGUGACAGCACAGGGCGUUUCCGACGAUGUUGACAUCGUGUUCCUCCACUCCGUACCCAGCGCACUUAAGACCGUACUGCUUAAAACAUCUCGCCUGCUGGUAUAUACUCCUCUUCAUGAGCAUUUUGGCAUUGUCCCUCUGGAAGCUAUGCUAGCUGGCACACCCGUACUUGCCGCCAAUGAGGGAGGCCCGACGGAAACUGUAGUGAGUGGACAAACAGGGUGGCUGCGCGACGUCACGAAGGUUCAAGAUUGGACGGAGGUCAUGCGUAUCGCCCUAGAAGAUGGUGAGGGCGAGGCGAGACGGAAAGAGAUGGGCAAGUGGGGGAAAGAGAGGGUGGUCGCAGAGUUCUCCCAAGAGAGGAUGGCAGAGACGCUGGAAGGAGAAAUCCAAAGCAUGAUGAAGCCUGGACGGCCACGGCCGCCCAUAGUUGGCAUACCUCCAGUCAUACUUGCGGUCGGCUUGAUGCCGAUAUUGGUCAUGCUCAGCUUCUGGUUUUCCAAUAUGAUAGACAGUGGUAAACAAUAG